AUGAAUCCAUUUUUGAUAAUACUUUUAAGCUCUUUCACACAAAUUGCAACUGCCUUGCAAGAGAAAACAAAACAAAUAAAACAUGAUGAACUUGUGAAUGCAAACGCUGUGCAACCUUUAGCUGAUGUUGCUUCAGAUUCUCAGUUCUUUGGUGCUUGCAAACAAAUGGAAAACUCACCAGGGUUUUCACAAUUAAGUCUUGAACACCUGGAUGCUGUAAUUGAUAAAGUUUUGAAUGAUGAUGAUGAUGAUGAUGCUGUCGAUAACAAGGUCAAUGACAUUGCCAGCGGCAAUGUCAGUGACAAUGUCAGUGACGAAGUCGAGGAUGUCAUUGGUGGUAAAGUCCCAGAAGAGAACCAUCAAUGUAACAAGCCGGAAAUUCGUAUCCAUUCGAUUGCGGACUUGAACACUAUUGCUGAGUGCGAAACAAUUACUGGUAAUAUCAUCAUAAGCGAAUUCGGUUACCCCAUAAUCUCAUUGGCUAACUUGAAAACCUUGAAUGGUAACCUCACAAUCUACAACUCGCCUGAUUUGAUCAGAGUAGAGAGUCCUGAAUUGUGUAAUAUUUUUGGAUGGUUCAAUUUAUAUGAGUUGCCAGCAUUAACGCUUAUAGGUCUACCAAAUUUGAAAACCCUUUUGGGCAUCAGUUGGGAGAUUUUACCAUUGUUGAGUAAUGUGCAAUUUAACAACAAAAUUCAAGGAUUGGAAAGUAUUAUUAUUUCGGAUACUUCAUUGACUGGUUUUUCUGGUUUUUUGACCAACGAAUUGAAAGUCUUUGAUAUUAAUAAUAAUAGAUAUAUGGACCAUAUUGAAUGCAAUGUCGAGAAAAUUUCAAAAUGCUUCCAUUUGAGCUCAAAUAAUAAGGAUAUCAAAGUUAGCUUGCCCAAUUUGAAAGAAGUUGGUGAAUUGAGUAUUAACAAUGUUGCAGUUUUACAAUUGAAUAGCUUGGAAAUAGUUGAUGGCUCUUUCAACUUACAAAAUAACUAUUUCUCACUGCUCAAGCUUCCUGAGUUGCAAUACGUUAAGGGAACGUUGGAUUUAACAAAGAAUUCAAAAUUGACCAGCAUUGAUUUCCCCAAAUUGGAGGAGAUUGGUGGCGGGUUGAUGCUUAUCAAUAACAAGCAAAUCACAAGAGUCGAUUUCUUUCCAAAAUUAAAGAUGAUUGGGGGUGCUUUGGAAAUCACGGGUCCAGUUGAAGAAAUCAAGUUCAAAACUUUGAAGUUGGUCAAGGGUAGCGCAAUUGUUACUAGUACUUCACCAACAUUUGAUUGUGCCAAAUGGUCGAAGCUGGAUAUUUUGCUUGCUGUUAGAGGCGGAAAAGUUGAAUGCACUGACUACAACAAUAACAAAGUUACUGCACGAACCAAAGAAGAUGGCAGUAUAGUUGAUCUGUCUGAAGAUGACAAUGGUAAAAAAUCAAAGGGUGAUAAGAAAGGGGGUUCAAUGAACCUGGAUAAAAACACUCCAGGUUCUUCUUCUUCUUCUUCUUCUUCCUCAUCAUCAUCUUCUUCUUCACUCAGGCAGCUGGGAGAAAAACAACAAGGAGAUGACAAUGACAAUGAAUACGACAAUGAAAACGAAAACAACCAACAUCAUCAGAUUGAACCUGUUGAUAGUGGCUGCUUGAAACUUGCACCAAAUAUAUUUGCAAUUGCUUUUACAAUUUUUACACAGUUCAUGUUCAUUACGUUUUAUUCACUUUUUUAG